CGGAUCCAUGGAUUUGCUAUUUUACCAAUCGCCGAACUUUGUUUGCAUUUGCACAUUUUUAUAUUCAAAUCCUACAGGUAUUUAGGAGCAUAUAGAUCUGAUCCAUGUCCGUUAUAGAUCUACCGCCGAAUGCCACCCUGCAGUAUCUGGCCGAGGGCGCCGCAAACAUUGUCUACAAAAUUGAUAUUCCCCCGCCAAGCCCAAGCUUCAAUACAUCCUCGGAAAUAAACAUAAAUGAAAGAAGCUCGGAGAUUGGUACUCCACCACCGAGCGAAAUAACACCUUUAUAUUACGAUCCAAAGCUUGAUCGUGGGCUUCUACGACUUCGAAAGGCUCUGCCGUCAACAGUGCCUGUGGAACAGUCACAUGCGCGAUUCCAUGAUGUUUUCCGGGAGCUCUUUGAAGAAAGUGACCUUGUGAACCAUGAUCUCGUCAGGCUCCCGAAAGGCUUAAUACAAAAAUGCAAUUCCAGGUUACGUUUGUAUGAAGAGCGCGGAUUGCGUCCUCAGAAACGGAGGGGCCUGUAUCUCCAGGAAUAUGAGCAAUACGGCAUGCUGGUCAGUGAUAUGACGCCUCGAAAAGACCGCGGAGAGGUUUUAGUCGAGUUUAAGCCAAAAUGGCUGGCUCAAUCGCCUUCUGCGCCUUCGACUGCUCUACGAUGCCGGACUUGCGCACUUCGGGCGAAGAGAAAUGCUGCGCGGCGUGCAAAGAACGAGCCAGAAGAGAGAUCCUUCUGUUCGUUGGAUUUGACUUCUCGAGAUCAAGAGACGAUUGCACGCGCUGUGUCUUAUGUGAUUCCCAAAGACCUGGGAAACGUUCAUACAGCAGAUAAGUUGCGUCAACGACUCCUAGCGUUUUUCAAGAAAAGCACGCUCCUGCAGCGGUUGAAAGAGCUGCAAGAAGACCUCGAUAAACGAGGUGUCCUGCAGGAAGAUCCAACAUCGGAAAAGUUCUUGAUUGCUAUGACAAUAAGAGAUUGUACCCUCUUUCUCAAGGUUAGUGCAGAUGACGAGAUACCUAUCGAAGCUAGGAUUGGAGAUUUGGACCUCAAAUCUCCAGAUCAAGGCAAGGCAGACUAUUGGCGAAGCCUUGAACGAGCCUUGAUUGAACAAGGCUGGUAUGAUGCUUCGGAGAAUGAUCCUCGCUCUGAUAAGUCACCCUGUCCAGGUCUGCUACUUACUAAGCCAUAA